GAAUCAGUGGCCGUUGACUGGCUGAACGGACAGGUCGCCUGGGGUGCACACUGGGCUGUUCCGGCAGCAUCAGUUGGUGGCACGAACGGAUUCGCUUCUGUACACUUUCCAUCGCUGGGGCCGUUCUUCGAUAUCGAAGACGAUUAUGACUGA